GAUAAUGACAACUUUAAAUACCUGAACAAGAGAAUUCUCAUGUUCCAAAUCACUAGUGAAGCGAUACCAAUGAAUAACUCCGACGUUAGUUAUAUUCCAUAACUCAAUGAUAAUAAAAGUCGUCACCUUAACUGGAGAUGAACGAAUGAUCGAUGUAGAACCGUCCGACAAAAUAUUAGUUCUAAAAGAAAAGUUAGAGGAAAAAGAGGGUAUACCACCCCAGCAGCAGAGACUGGUGUUUCAGGGGAAGCAAUUGAAAGACGAUAAAACCGUAAACAGCUAUAAACUGAAAGCGGGAACAGUAUUGCAUUUAGUAGUGGCACUUAGAGGUGGAGAAGAUAACAAUAUAAUCUUCUUCGAAACUCCAUAGCCUGAGCACAAAAAUGCAAAAAUAAAAAACCAAAUAAACUAAAAACAGAA